UGCUGGAAGCCGGGUGGUGCGUGGUACGUGGGCUACCCCAACUCGUGCAGCCGGGGCCCUGCUUCCCCAGGUCAGGGUCGCGCCCGCGUGCACAAGUGCGGGGCUGUGUCCUGGGGGUGGCUCACCUGGCGGCGUGGGGGAGCGGCGCGGCGGCGGCGGCGGCGGCGGCGGCGAGAGCCGGGGCGCAGGUGCACUUAAAGAAUGGAUGAUGAUGAUUUUGGUGGUUUUGAGGCUGCAGAGAUUUUUGCUGGUGGAAAUGGUGAAACCCAAACUACAUCUCCUGCCAUUCCUUGGGCUGCUUUUCCUACAGUAUCUGGAGUCCAUCUUUCUCCAGCCUCUCCUGAGAUUGUAUUGGACCAUGACCACACUUCUCCUUCGGUUGGCUGCCUCUCUUCUGAGCCCAUCAUUUCAUCACCAGAGAAUACACAUGCAGACAACAGCAUUGUCAGUCAAACUUUUCCUAAAGCACAGAUUCAGCAAUCAACACACACUCAUCUGGAUAUCUCACUUUUUCCGUUGGGUUUAACUGAGGAGAAAAGUAAUGGAACAAUUGCUCUUGUGGAUGAUUCUGAGGAUCCUGGAGCCAAUGUAUCAAACAUACAGCUUCAGCAGAAAAUUUCAAGUCUGGAGAUGAAACUCAAAGUCUCUGAAGAAGAAAAACAGAGAAUUAAAAAGGAUGUGGAAUCAUUGAUGGAAAAACAUAGUGUCUUGGAAAAAGAUUUCCUUAAAGAAAAAGAGCAAGAGGCCAUUUCUUUUCAAGAUAGAUACAAAGAACUUCAGGAAAAACAUAAACAAGAAUUGGAAGACAUGAGGAAAGCUGGUCAUGAAGCCCUCAGCAUUAUUGUGGAUGAAUAUAAGGCACUACUGCAGUCUUCAGUUAAGCAACAAGUAGAAGCUAUUGAAAAACAGUACAUUUCUGCAAUAGAGAAACAAGCACACAAGUGUGAGGAGUUGUUAAAUACUCAGCAUCAGAGGCUCCUUGAAAUGCUUGCCACAGAGAAGGAACUGUUAAAAGAAAAAAUAAAGGAAGCUUUGACUCAGCAAUCUCAAGAACAGAAGGAAAUAUUGGAAAAAUGUUUGGAGGAAGAAAGGCAAAGAAAUAAAGAAGCAUUAGUAUCUGCUGCAAAGCUUGAGAAAGAAGCGAUGAAGGAUGCAGUUUUAAAAGCUAUAGAAGAAGAAAGAAAAAAUUUGGAAAAAGCCCAUGCAGAAGAACGGGAGUUAUGGAAGACUGAGCACGCAAAAGAUCAAGAGAAAGUAUCUCAGGCAAUUCAAAGAGCUAUACAAGAGCAAAGAAAAAUUAGUCAGGAAACUGUUAAGGCAGCAAUAAUAGAAGAGCAAAAGCGAAGUGAAAAGGCUGUGGAAGAGGCAGUGAAGAGAACAAGAGAUGAAUUGAUAGAGUAUGUAAAGGAACAGAAAAGGGAGAAGUCUGGCUUUUCUCAACAAUCAGGAAUCAAGUUCUUGACCUUGAAGAUGGGAGAGAGAACAGAAUGCUUCCUGGUGCCAUAGUGAACUGGAUGGAAUUUGAAAACAGCCCCCAGGAUAAAUAGGGGGACACACAUAGCAUUUGUAUUGUUUUUGCCAACAUCUAGGACUAACAUGGAGCUGACAGCUAGGGACUCUACAGUAAGAGAACAGAAGUCUGGAACCUUGGAAACCAUGGAGGUAAUGCCUGAAAACAGGGCUCAGAUGCAAGGUUCACAUCAGUGGCCUGGCCUUCCUUUGGCCUCGUGGCUCUGGGUUGAUACCAGAACAAAAGUUAUCAGCAUCUUUUUCUGUUCAAUGAUUGUUCACCCCACCACUUCUGUGUUGGUCUUAUAAUCUAGUGUCCCAAGAGUGUGGUUCAGUUCCACCCUCUUAGAAACCUUGAUAAAACAAGGAAGAAACAAGUGUUUAUGAAACCAAUUUACAGGAAGAGAUGAAAGAACGAUGGUCUCAUUUUGAGAUAUUUGAAUAUUAACCCAAAUGAAUCUAAUUGGUAGACUUUUAAGCAGCAUGGAGAAAGUGUUUGGGAGCAAGGUUUCAUUCUUAAAGCAAAGAGGCUGGGGUCACAAACUCCCUUUUCUCCCUGAAGCCACUCUAUCUCCCUUCACAUCUUCUUCUUGGCUGGGCAUAAGGGGGAGCCCAUUCCUGCUACUGUAUUCCCCUUCUGUCAUAUUCUUGUCUGGUGUCUGAAGCCCAGACUGUUCUGUUUUAACUUCAUGCCUCAGUAAAAGGCUCUAAUGGGAGAACAAUUCUUCCUGGAUGUUUUAGAGGGACUGUAAAUUGCACAUCUGAAAAAUUCACUCCCUGCACCCAUACAUGUUCCUUAUCCUGAAGGACCUCUAAGAGUUACAGUAUCAUCACCUAGUUGACCAGGUGAAAAGUUUGGAGACACUUGUUUCUCUAGGAGGUAUUUAAGAUAUCAUGAGGGCAUGGGAGUGUUUAUGGAACACAGAGAGUGGGAGGCAGAGAUAUUUUGAAAGACAGAGGUUAAUUACAGCCUGGAGUAUGUAAAGGAAGACAGGAGAUAGAGACUUAAGUGCAGGCUUUGUGUGGGCAGGAUUAAGUGUAAGGCUCUGAAAACCUCAGCUAGAGUGGACACUACAGGGCUGGUGAAGGGCAGGAGGAGGGAGCAAAAGGGACACCAGUUCUAACAAGUCCUGCUUCCCUUGAGCAGGAUGCUCCUCUAACCCUCCAGACUCAAGGAAAGUUCCUAUUUCCUUUCCUCCUCAGCUUCUGGUGAGAGCAUUUCCAUGUUGAAACACCCUAACACAUGGGAUCAUUUCAGAGACAGAACAAGGUUGUGCCAGGCAGACAAGAGGCUGGGAAGCAUCAUGAUUCCAUCUCACAUAGGACACAGUCCGACAAGCAAUGAACAUAUAAUCUGAACAAAUUCAUAUCUUUAUCUCUCAGGACACAGUCAAAGGUGGGGCUGGGGUAGAGGAAGUACAUUUUAUGCCAUAGAAAAGCAGCAAAACAUAAGAAUCCAUUCUUCCCUAUCUUCACUACUUUGCAUACUCACUACUCUCUAAUAUUUUCUAGAACUUUCCCUCACUCUCAACUCCCAACCUCAAUUCCCAUUCUCUUUUCCAUAUAGUUCUUCUAGCUUCUCCAGAUUGCCCCCAGCUAUUUACUUACUUCAAACUGCAUAACAAGGUCCACUGAAUGAUUUAUUCUGAGCCCUUUAAUGAGACAGAUACCUUUACAAUUUCAGUUUUUCCAUCUGUUAAUGGGAGCAAUAACACACCUGAGAGUCCAUCUAUGACCUGACAUACAACACUUGAACUUUCCGUAGUAAACACCAAUAUAAAAAUAAAU